GAUCGGAAGUUACGACAUUUUGAUCGGAUUCAACAACGGGAGCUCGCUGGCUUUGAAGGCUUUGGAAUCAUGUUGCUAGGUCAAGCAGAUCUUUGCAAGAAGGCAUCAAAAUUGGAGUUAAAGGAAUUGAAGGAGAGAAAAUUUCAUCCUGCUUUUAUGUUCGAACUUGAAUCCUUGCUUCUUGAUGUUUAUGCCAGCCUGCUUCCGACUGCAAGUGAAUAUGAACAACGAAAACAGUUGGUUCAUGCAUAUAACAUGAUCGUGAAGAGUAUUUUUGGUAAUACGGGCGGAUUUCCUGUUGUGGAAGCAUUUGGCUCCUUUGUAAUGGACAUAUUCACUGCUGAAAGUGAUCUUGACCUAUCUAUCAACUUCAAUAACAGCAAUGUAUCAUGCUUACCUCGUGAACAAGUUGUUUCUGUGCUUCGAAGGUUUGCCAAAGUUUUACAUAUAAAACAAAGGAAAGGUCAUCUUUCUGGUGUCUUGCCAAUUCUGCAAGCCAGAGUGCCAGUUCUAAAAGCUGUAGAUUGCAGGACCGGUAUUGAAUGUGAUAUAUCUGUUGAAAACAAAGAUGGAAUUUCAAGAUCGUUAUUUUUCUCCAUUGUUUCUUCAAUUGAUGAAAGGUUUCGCAUUAUGAGUUAUUUGAUGAAGGCAUGGGCAAAAGCAAAUGACAUCAACAGUUCAAAAGAUCACACAAUUAACUCGUUAUCCAUAAUAUCGCUUGUUGCUUUUCAUUUUCAGACUCGAGAUCCUCCCAUUCUGCCUCCUUUUUCUACCUUACUGAAAGAUGGAACAGAUAUCACGAACUUGCGCAAUGUUGUUCUUGCGCUUAAGAACUUUGGACGUAGAAAUAAAGAAUCUGUAGCCGAGUUGUUCGUAGCUCUGCUGGCUAAGUUAUCAUCUGUCGAAAAGCUGUGGGAGCUUGGUCUCUGUGCCAGCAUUUUUGAAGGAUCAUGGAUAUCAAAGAUGUGGGGUUCUAAAGUCGGCAAUAUGAGUGUUGAGGAUUUUCUGGAUCGUUCUCAAAAUUUUGCAAGGUCAGUUGGGAAAUUCGAGAUGCCCAAAAUCUACGAUUGUCUUCGCGGGUCACUCGAGCAUCUAUCUCGUUCCAUGCAAGGUCAAAUCGAAUUAUCCGCUCUUGGGCCUUUCCUAUUUGGAUCAUUCUCUUUCAAUGCUCAAAUCAACCAUAUCAACAAAUCAGCCAUGAUUGUCAACAAGAACCUUCCAAUUCAAUCUGUUCAGCCAAUCGCUGAUAACAUUAACAAAAGCAAUCAUGACAAUAGGAGAAAACAAACAUAUAGUGAAUCUGCUCAGGCUUCUGUCGACGCCAUCACUACAACCAAUCUUUCCAACACCAAUAUGGCGAUGACACUAAAGAGGAAACUUCCUUCUAAACUUCCUGGCAUUGAAUCUAGUGAGCCUCAUAUAAAAAGGAUCACUCCAAAGCGGGCACGCUAUGCUAAAGCUGCAGAAGCUUCAAGUUAUGGUUCUCAUCGGAACCAAUCUACUACUUAUUUGCCUAUUCCUAUAGUAUAUCCAGCCCUGCCACCACCACAACCCAUUAAUGGAGUUGGUCAUCCACAUGUUUCAUUUGACUCGUCAGGUUAUCUAUCCCAUAGCAAUUCAAACCAACCCAUUUAUGCCAAUACAGGUCAUGGACCACAUCAUAACCACUUGAUUUAUGCAUCACAAUACCAUCCAACGGCUCCUGUUCACCUUGCAUAUGGAUCACAAAGGCCCCAGUAUUUUCCAAAUCCAGUGCAUCCUAAAUUUCCUUGGCACACUAUGCAUAAUACAGGGCAACCCCGGCCCCUUGAUCCUCCCAGAUGGCUUGGACCGAAUCAUUUAUAAGUUAUUUUCCUUGCUGCUUUCCAAAUAUAUUUGACUACAAAUGUAGUGGAUAGAAUGUACAUUUUGUGUUCAGUGUUUCUCUUAAUGAUCACAUGUGUCUCUUGCAGGAGAAGUCUCUUUGGCUCUCUUUUGCAACAAGUUGCAGCCAUUUUUUAAUUAAAGGUUUGGGUUAUUUUGGAUGAUAUUUAAUGUUUUUUUCUUUUCGUUGUGCACUAUUAAAUCAUUUUAAAAUUUAUGAAUAAUGAGAAUGGGUUGCAUCAAACUUUUUUA